AUGAAGGACAUCGUGAUACUCGGCGCCGGCCUGGCAGCCGCACCCCUGAUCCGCCAAAUCAUGCUCAAGUCAGUCUUGCAGCAGGAUAACCUCAGACUGACCGUUGUCGCGCCAAACACACAUUUCCACUGGCCAAUUGCCAUGCCCCGAGUCAUUCUCCCUGACCACUGGUCUGAGCACAAGGCCAUGUUUGAACUCUACCCUUUCUUCAAGGACUACCCCCCUGAGAGGUUUGAGUUUGUCCUUGGAGCCGCUAGUAGUAUGGAUCUGGAGGGAAAGCACAUCACGGUUGCUCUGAAUCGAGGCGGGGUCUACACGGUCCACUACGACACACUUGUCAUUGCGACCGGCUCAUCGGCCCAGGAUCAUGUACCGUGGACUGUUUUAGGUACAACUGAAGAGACCAAGGACAAGUUACAUACUCUGUGGAAUGACAUCAGAAGAGCCGAGACAAUUGUUAUCGCGGGAGGCGGCCCAACCGGUACGGAGACAGCCGGAGAGAUUGCGUACGAGUACAACGGGGAAAAGGAGGUGUACUUUGUCUACGAUGAUGACCUUCCGCUUGGGCCGUCAACUCUGGACAGCGUGAGGAAACAAGUCGUCAAGGAACUGUCAAAGCUCAAAGUCAACCUCUUGCCCAGGACCCGCGUCACAGAAAUCACUAAGGACGGCAAAGACACCAUCCUCCAACUCCACCGAGCCGACGGCAGCUUUCAGACUCUGAGAACUCAGGCCUACGUCCCGGCUACCGGGACAAAGCCAAACACAGCUUUUGCACCAAAGGAUAUUUUGGACAAUCGCGGUUUCAUCAAGCAGACAAAUUAUCUUCAAGUGGAGGAUCACUCGGAUAUUUUUGUGCUCGGGGACGCCGGAAAUCUGGAGAGCAACAGGGCAAUGCACGCCGACUCUCAGUGCCUACACCUCAUAAAGAAUCUUCCGAUAUAUCUCAACGGGGGCAAGAUGACACCGUACAAAAAGAACGAGAAGGAGAUGAUUGCCGUCACACUUGGGAGGAAACGAGCUACGGGGCAGCUGGGAAAUAUUAAGAUCUUAAGCCUGUUGAUGCGGUAUGCGAAGGGGAGAUGGAUGGGUACGGAUUAUGCAUAUUAUCUCGCGGCUGGGAGAAGAUCACUGUCAAUGGUGUUGGAGAAGCGGAGACGGUAG